UUAUCAUUAUCAUCAUCAUUAUUAUUAUCAACAACAACAACAACAUCAUUAUCAUUAUCGAUAUUAUCGAUUGUAUUGUCAACAAUAUCGAUAGUAUCGGCAGCCAUUACAACCAAUAAAGAUCGUCCUUAUACAUCGAUCAUUUAUACGGCUGUCGAUGGUGGAAAGGUUGCAUUACCAUGUAAUAUUAUACCACCAACAAUCGAUGAUCAUGUUGUAUUAAUCCUGUGGUAUAAAGAUGAUGAGUUCGAACCUAUUUACACAAUAGAUGCUCGAAAAGAUCCAUUAGAAAAAGCAAGAAUUAUUGCAUCACCAAAUUUGGUUGAUCGAGUUUAUUUCAAUCAACAUAAUCAGCCUGCCUUUUUACAAAUUGAUCCAGUUAAAACAAAUGAUGCUGGUGAAUAUCGUUGUCGGGUGGAUUUUAAAAAAGCACGUACUGUUAAUAUAGUGAUACAGCUUAAAGUGAUUGUUCCGCCUGAAGAGCCAAUAAUUUCGUAUAAAUAUUCACAAAGUAUUUCACAUCCAUUAAAAGGCCUUAUAGGACCAUUCAAUGAAGGUGAUAGAUUAAUAUUGGUCUGUACAUCGUUUGGAGGAAAACCAAGACCAACAUUAACAUGGUGGAAAGAUUAUUCAAUUAUUGAUGAUAGUUUUGAAUAUAAAAGCAAAGAUGUAACAAUUAACGAACUUAUUAUUGAAUCAUUAGCUCGUCAUCAUUUAUUAUCAAUAUUUACAUGUCAAUCAUCAAAUAAUAAUAUUACAAUUGCAUCAUCUGCAUCCAUUACAAUUGAUCUUAAUUUAAAACCAUUGGAAGUAAAAAUUCAUCAAAUAUCCGCAUCAUUAUUGGCAAAUAAUGAUGCAAAAUUUGAAUGUAAAACAUAUGGAUCAAAACCAAAAGCCCGUUUAUAUUGGAUGUUUAAUGAUGUUCGUUAUGAUACAACAUUACAAGGUGAUAUGCAAACAAUAUCAAUCAUUAGCCUGCCAUUAAAACGUGAACAUAAUGGUCAUAUUUUAUCUUGUUAUGCGGAAAAUCCAAAAAUUUUCAAUUCAACAAUUUCCGAACAUUUUGUUCUCAGUGUAGAAUAUAAACCUGAAUUAAUAUUACAACUUGGUACAUCAACCAUAUCACUUGAUACAAUACAAGAAGGUAAUGAUAUUUAUUUUGAUUGUAUAUUGGAUGCAAAUCCAAUGCCAACAAUACCAUUAAUAUGGCGUUUUAAUGAUGAAAUAUUGGAACCAAGACAAGGAAUAAUACAAAGCAAUUAUUCAUUGGUAUUACAAAAGGUACGACGACAUAUGUCGGGUAAUUAUAAAUGUGAAACAACAAAUCAACAUGGUAGAUCAAUAUCAAAUUCAAUUCAAUUGAAUAUACGUUUUGCACCAUAUUGUAAAUUUAAAUCAACUUUAGCAUAUGGUCUUUCAUUAUUCGAAUCAAAUGCCUUAAUAUGUGAAGUUGAUUCAAAUCCAAUGCCCAUUUCAUUUCAAUGGAAAUUUGAAAAACAAAUUGAACUAACAACAUUUCGUUCGCUUAAUUAUAGUUCAUUAUUAUAUUAUCGACCAAAUUCAACACAUCAUUAUGGUACGAUUGAAUGUAUAGCCAAGAAUGAUGUUGGCCUACAACAAAUUCCUUGUAAAUAUCAUAUUAUCGAUUCAGGUCCACCAAAUUUUCCAUUUUUCUGUCAAUUACAUAAUCAAUCGAUUGAUAAGAUAACUAUAAAAUGUAUGAAUGAAAAUGAUUAUCGUUCGAUGUUGGAUAAUGGUGAUAAUGGUGAUGGUGAUGAUAAUGCUAAUGAGCAACAACCACAACAUAAACAUUAUCUAUCAUCAUCAUCAACAGAAAUGAAUCAAAAACAACAAAAAAAUAAUAAUUUUCAAACAAUAUUCAUUCAUCCAACAACACAUUAUAUUGCCGAAAUUUAUGAUAAACAUGGUCAUUUAUUACAGAAUUUAACAUUAAAUCCACCGGUGCCUUUUUCAAACAUAUCAACAUUAAUAAAUCAAACACGUACAACAACCACAUCAACAAUGUUUACAUUUCAAAUAAAUCAUUUAAUGGAAUCAAGUAAUUAUAAAAUAAAAAUCUAUGCACAAAAUUCCAAAGGAACAAGUAAUCAUAUGUGGAUUAAUGGACAAACAUUACGAAAAGCAGAAAAAUAUAUUUAUAGUAAUUUUACUGAUUCAAGUUUAUCAAUAUUUUCAACAACAACAAAAUAUUAUGCAUUAAAUCAUAUAAAAAUCAUUAUGAUUAGUAUUUGUAUAUUUUUAAUCAUAUUGGUUAUUGUAAUUGUUAUUUCAAUAACAUAUAUGUCACGAUAUUGUCAACGAAUACGAAUGUCGAAAAAGAAAAAUUUAUCAAAACAACGGAAAUUGAAUAACAAUAACAAUAAUAAUGGAAAAUUUCAUAGUGAUAACGAUAAUAGCCUGGAUGAUGAUGAUGAUGAAAUGGUAUUGAAUGAAUAUCAUCUACGAAAUGAUGUUUGUUCAACAGUCGAUAUUGUUGAUAUUGUAAAUGGAACAACAACAACAAUUAAUACAUCGACAAUUGGAUGCGGUGACAACGAUAAUGCUAAUAAUGAUAAUGAUAAUCGUCAUAAUAAUGGCUAUGGUGGUAGUACUACAUUAGAUAAUUUAGCCAUACCAACUGUUUAUACGGAAACAAAUGUUAUUUGUAAUGAAUAUUAUAGUAAUAUGUUAUGUGCUGGUUAUACUACUAAUGGUGGUGGUGGUUCAAAAAUGGAUCCAAAUACAAAAUCCAAUAUGGAAUUAUUAAGUUUAGAUUUAUACAGUAUGAAUCCUACUACUACAGCUGCUAUUUCAGCGAAUAAUAAUCAUCAUCAUAAUAUUGAUGGUCGUAAUCAUAUUUUAAAUAAUAAAGGUCCACCAGAUUUAAUACCAACUUUUUAUUAUAAUCCAUCAACAUCUACAAAUAGUGAUGAUUGUACAACAUUAGCUACUGAUGAUCAUACUGAUUGUUAAUGAAUUUAAAAUUAACACUUUGAUCGACUGGAUGU